CCACGAAAGGAUCGUCCUUUGGACAUUGGCUCCUAUAUAGGCGUCGUCAUCCCAAUCCCCCUCCCCCCAGCCUCCCGUAUUUCACAUACGUGCGCGGCUCCUUUUCCUCCUCCCUGCGGUCUGCGAGCAAGCCACAGCAGAACAGCACAGCAAACAAAGAUGGCGGACUACGUGUACGGCCCUGGGCGGACCCACCUGUUCGUCCCGGGCCCGGUGAACAUCCCGGACCCCGUCAUCCGCGCCAUGAACCGCCAGAACGAGGACUACCGCUCGCCGGCCGUGCCCGUCCUCACCAAGAUCCUCCUCGAGGACGUAAAAAAGAUCUUCAAGACCACCACCGGCACCCCCUUCAUCAUCCCGACCACCGGGACGGGCGCGUGGGAGAGUGCGCUGACGAACACGCUGUCACCGGGUGACCGCAUCGUGUCGUUCCUGAUCGGCCAGUUCAGCCUGCUAUGGAUCGACCAGCAGCAGCGCCUGGGCUUCAACGUGGACGUGGUGGAGAGCGACUGGGGCCGGGGCGCCGACCUCGACGUCCUCGAGGCCAAGCUCCGCCAGGACACGGCCCACACCAUCAAGGCCAUCGCCAUCGUCCACAACGAGACCGCCACCGGCGUCACCAACGACCUCGCCACCGUCCGCAAGCUCCUCGACACGUACCGGCACCCGGCGCUGAUUCUGGUGGACGGCGUGUCGUCCAUCUGCGCGCUGGACUUCCGCAUGGACGAGUGGGGCGUGGACGUGGCGCUGACGGGGUCGCAGAAGGCGCUGUCGAUGCCGACGGGGCUGGGCAUCGUGUGCGCCAGCCCCAAGGCGCUGGAGGCGAGCAAGACGGCCAAGUCCGUGCGCGUCUUCUUCGACUGGAACGACUACCUCAAGUCCUACAAGAUUGGCUCCUACUGGCCCUACACGCCCUCCAUCCAGCUCCUCUACGGCCUGCGCGCCGCGCUCGACCUCCUCUUCUUGGAAGGCCUCGACAACGUCUUCAAGAGGCACAAACGCCUCGGCACCGCCACCAGGCUGGCAGUGGAGGCGUGGGGGCUCAAGAACUGCACCCAGAAGGAGGAGUGGUUCAGCGACACGGUCACCGCCGUCGUCGUGCCGCCCUAUAUCGACAGCGGCGAGAUCGUCAAGCACGCCUGGAAGCGGUACAACCUCAGCCUCGGGCUCGGCCUCAACAAGGUCGCCGGGAAGGUGUUCAGGAUUGGCCAUCUCGGCAACCUCAACGAGCUGCAACUGCUGGGGUGCCUGAGCGGGGUGGAGAUGGUGCUCAAGGACGUGGGCUACCCGGUGAAGCUCGGCAGCGGCGUGGCGGCCGCGGCGGCGUACCUGUCGAAUUCCACGCCUCUGAUCCCGUCCAGGAUCUGAGCUCCGCGCACCGACACGACAGUCACACAAGGCAAAGCAAGGCCAGCGACGGCCAGAACAAACGGAACCGGGCAGCUCUGUCUGCCUCUGCCGCCUGGCACUGGCAGAGCAGCCGCGUGCAGUAACUAUUGGCUAUACUCUCUGUGUAUGUAAAGUUAGUUUUCACACUCGGCUGUGCUAAGGAGUAUAACUUUGUGAACUGCAGCUUUUAAUUAAGGAACUGUCUGCGUGUAACUCGGGUAUUUCCAAACAUAGUUCUCACAAA